UGUCUCUGGCAUGGUGCCAGGCCUGAGUCAUGCUGUUCUGCCGCCAGCUCCCUUCCUCCCCGCUCACCUCACUGCACUGCGCUGUGGCUACAGAGCCCGCCCUGGCCCCGCCCUGGCUUUCGCUACAUCGUGUGGCCCUGGGUUGGCAUGAAUGGAAGAGGGCCAGGGGCUGCCUGUCCUCAACCCCUUGCUAAGAGCCUCCCUCUCAUGCUACUGAGGCCCAGUUAAUUAUAGCUCUGACCUAAGUGCCCUGUGACGCCACACCCGGGCCAGCACUGCCCAGGAGACCCAGCAACCAGGUAGGAGAGGCCUGAGGAGACUUCCUAUCCGUGGGGCAGGGCCGGGGCUCAGCCUGGUGUAGGAGAAGAACCUUGAGGAUCCUCCUGUGCUCUGAGGGCAGGUCCAUGUUUCAGCCAUGCUCCCUGUGGAGGUCCCCCUGUCCCAGCUGGGCCCCCCAGUACUGCUGCUCCAGCUGCUGUUGCCCCCAACAUCUGCCUUCUUUCCCAACAUCUGGAGCCUUCUGGCUGCCCCUGGCUCCAUCACUCACCAAGACCUGACUGAAGAGGCUGCACUCAAUGUCACCCUUGAGCUCUUUCUGGAACAGCCACCCCCAGGCCGACCGCACCUCCAUCUAGAGGACUACAGGGGCCGGACCCUCCUCGCCGAUGAUAUCUUUGCUGCCUACUUUGGAUCAGGGUUUUCUUCCCGGAGGUUCAGAGCGGCUUUAGGAGAGGUGUCUCGUGCCAAUGCAGCCCAAGACUUCCUGCCAGCUUCCAAGAGCAACCCCGACCUGCACUUCGAUGCUGAACGGCUGGUCCAGGGGCGCACUCGCCUGGAGGGGGCCCUUCGGGAAACCCUGGUGGCCGCCAGAGCACUAGAGUAUACACUGGCCCGACAGCGUCUCGGGGCUGCACUCCAUGCCCUGCAGGAUUUCUAUAGCCACAGCAACUGGGUAGAGCUGGGGGAGCGGCAGCCACACCCUCACCUCCUCUGGCCAAGGCGGGAACUCUGGAGCCUGGCCCAAGUGGGCGAUCCUACCUGCUCUGACUGCGAGGGGCUGAGCUGCCCUGGGAACAUGAUGAACUUGACAAUGCUCACCUCUGGCUACUUCGGAACGAAUCCCCCCAAACCUCCAGGGAAAUGUAGCCAUGGAGGUCGUUUUGACCAGAGCAGCUCCCAGCCACCCCGGGGAGGCAUCAACAAGGACAGCACAUCCCCAAGCUUCUCCCCGCACCAUAGGCUGCACCUCCAGGCUGCAGAAGUGGCACUGUUAGCUUCCAUCGAGGCCCUCAGCCUCCUGCGAAGCCGCCUGGGAACCAGGGGGUUCUCCAGGCUGCUGGACAUCACCCCCGCUUCCAGCCUGAGCUUCGUCCUGGACACCACAGGCAGUAUGGGCGAGGAGAUCAAUGCAGCCAAGAUCCAGGCUCGACGCAUAGUGGAGCAGCGGCAAGGCAGCCCCAUGGAGCCUGUUUCCUACAUCCUGGUGCCCUUCCACGACCCAGGGUUCGGCCCUGUCUUUACAACCAGUGACCCUGACAGCUUCUGGCAGAAACUCACCGAGAUCCAUGCCUUGGGAGGUGGAGAUGAGCCGGAGAUGUGCUUGUCUGCCCUGGAGCUAGCCCUGCUGCAUACACCUCCCCUCUCAGACAUCUUCGUCUUCACUGACGCCUCCCCCAAGGACGCUUUUCUUACCAACCGGGUGGAAUCCCUGACUCGGGAGAGGCGCUGCAGGGUCACGUUCCUAGUAACCGAAGACCCAUCGAGGGCUCAGGGUCGAGGACGGCGAGAGGCCUUGUCUCCUUCUCGCUUUGAGCCAUACGAAGCAAUAGCCCUGGCAUCGGGGGGAGAGGUGAUCUUUACCAAAGACCAGCACAUCCGGGAUGUGGCUGCCGUUGUUGGGGAGAGCAUGGCUGGUCUGGUGACUCUUCCCCUGGAGCCUCCCAUCUUCACCCCCGGGGAGCCCUGUGUGUUCGCUGUGGACAGUCUGCUCUCGAAAGUCACAGUCCGAAUGCACGGGGACAUCAGUGGCUUCUGGAUCAAGAGCCCUGCAGGGUUGUCCCAGGGCCCAGAGGAGGGCAUAGGUCCUCUGGGCCACACUCGUCGCUUUGGGCAGUUCUGGACAGUGACCAUGACUGACCCCCCUCAGACAGGGUCUUGGGAGAUCCAGGUAGCAGCUGAGGGAACCCCCCGGGUGAGAGUACAAGCCCAGACCUCUCUGGACUUCCUGUUUCACUUCGGGAUCUCUGCAGAGGAUGGACCCCACCCUGGCCUCUACCCCCUGACUCAGCCAGUUGCAGGUCUUCAGACCCAGCUGCUGGUAGAAGUGACAGGGCUCGUCUCUAGACAGAAACUUGGAGAUGGCCAGCCACAGUUUUCCCAUGCUGUCCUUCGAAGGGUCUCAGAGGGCACUCAUCUGGGCCGGGUGUCCUUGGAGCCCGUGGGACCCCCGGAGCGAGGCCUCCUUGCUGCCUCGCUACCGCCCACACUGCUGUCUGUCUCUGUACCCUUCUCCCUGGAGCUGGUUGGCCAGGAUGUAGGGGGACAGUGUCUGCGGAGGUCUGCUCCCCAGCCUUGCAGUGUGGCUCCCGUGCUUCUGGAGCUCAGUGGCCCGCCAGAUUUCUUGACUCCGGGCAGCAAGGCCCCUCUCAGCCUCCGAGUCGCCAGCUUCUCUGGCCCCCAGGAUGUUGAUCUUAGGUCAUCCGUGAACCCUAGCUUCUCCCUCACCUCCAACCUCUCCAGGGCUCGCCUGGGACUGAACGAGUCUGCCUGGGGAUGCCUGUGGCUAGAGGUCCCAGAUUCAGCAGCCCCUGACACUGUGGUGACUGUGACUGUGACUGUGACUGCAGUGGGUCAGGGAGCCAGCCAGGUGCCCCCAACCCAUGCCUUCCUCCAGCUCCUGGUGCUGGCCCAGUCCUCAAAGGUGAAGUGCUUCCUCCCCCUCUUCAGCUGCCAGAGCCGGUGGGUGGAGGCUCAGCACUGGUCACCUUCUCUCUCCUCUCCACAGGACCAGCUGGAGGACCCCACCCACUCAGCUGCCCCUGUGCUGCCCCCAACCACCCCCGCCCUGCUUCCUUCCACUUUGGUGACUCGGGGCAGAGCUGGGAGAGGGACAACAGGCAAAACCUGGUGGGGGACAGUUGGAGGUGUGCUGUUCCUGCUAGGCUGCACUUCCUGGUAACACAGGGACAGGGCAUCGGGCCCCAUUCUCAGUCUGCCCUAUGGGUGGGAUGCUCACAUGGCUUCAGAGCCCUGCCCUGCCUACCUGGUGUGGGGAUUUUUUUUUUAAAGAUCUAUUUAUUUAUUAUAUCCAUAAUGUUCUGCACAUAUAUAUAAAUAUCUGCAUGUCAAAAGAGGGUACCAGAUCUCAUUACAGAUGGUUGUGAGCCACCAUGUGGUUGCUGGGAAUUGAACUCAGGUCCUCUGGAAGAACAAUCAGUGGUCUCAACCUCUGAGCCAUCUCUCCAGCCCAGGGAUCUUUCUUCUAUCACAUUUGUCCCUUAUCUUUCUUUAGACCAGACUGGCCUCACAGACCUGCCUCUGCGUGUCUUCCUACCGCAGGGAUCAAAGGCAUGCACUGCUGCUGCCUGGCUCCUUUGUCUUUCUAAGACGAGUAGACUGGUGUGCACAGGUGGUACAACUUGUAGUCCCUGUAACAGGAAGGACUGCUGCUGUGAGUUCAAGGCCAGCCUGAGCUAUGAGACCCUAGCUCAAAAACAUCAAUCAAACACACACACACACACACACACACACACACACACACACAGGAUUGGGAUCUAGGAUGAUGGGUUUCCCUUGGGGUGCUUUUCCUAACCCCAACGGGAACCAAACCAAAGGCUUUCCUUUUCUCUCUCUCUCUCUUUUUUUUUUUUUUUUUUUUUUUUUUUUAAGAGAGCUGCUGUUUAUUCCAGAAGCAGAGCAGGGCAGGGGCACCAGAAAGUACAAUUUUCCUUUAAAUUCCAGGGCAGCUUUUUUAGCUUAGUUUUGCUUCAAGCUGAAGGAGAGUCUCCUUGAUCACGCCUCCUCCCCAAAUACACUGAAGAAAGACAGGGCUUUGUAGUGGCAUGGGGGAGAGGGAGGGCAAGGGAUGUCAAGGAAGUGCGGUGGACACUUUUAGGAGUUGCAGGAGCACUCUACUGAGUUGUCUGAAUUUCUCAGCCUGGAGCCACUGGCUGCUGAAUGAAGAUUAAAUAGAUGAGGGGGGCAGGGGCAGGGGCAGGGGACUCUGACUCCAACCCCACUCCUUACACCAGUGCAGGGAGGGGAGGGUUUACACAAGGGUAGGCCCCUUUGCUCCUGGUGGGGGAGCCUGGCUGAUCACCUCUCCUGUUCGAUGGCUGACUCCUUUCUGCUGCUUUGACAACUCCUGAAAGAGAGAGAACCAGCCUGGCACCCGCCACUCACCCUGUGGGUUUGUCAGCCAGGGCUCAACACCCCUCAGCUUACCCAUCGCUGCCACAAGUUCUCUGCCUUGGCAUUCCCUCCUGGCCCUGGGCUGCACAGGAAUCAGUUUUUCCAGUGGAUACGGGCAAGGCCGAAUCAACCUGACUCCACAAGCCCCCUCCCCGAAGUCUAGAAAUUAAGAACAAUAAACUCACCUUCUGAAUCAGA